CAUUCGGUCACGAUCACAAAUUGUUAUCGUUGGCCUACGACAUGAUCAUGCAAGGAGACUGCAGGCUACAUAGCGUUGACAAUGCCAUCGGUCAAUAUCACGGCAUGGACAGCAUACUUCUGCGCUCUGAUCUUUCCGUCUCGCAAAAUCGGCUAAUCUACCGUCACGCUGAGAUUCAUCCUGUAUCCCAUCACUAACAAUUAUGACACAACCAUGGCCGACGGCGAGGGCAGUCGUGUCCGAGAAUAACAUGCAAUCAACUGGGUUCAACUUUGACUUUCCAGAUCCCCUGACAGUAGUCAAACCGCGGUCAACAGAUGAGCAGCGCGAAAGUGGCUGGUAUGGUAGAGAGCUCUACUCAAAAGCGAGGGCCAAUUCGGAUGGACAUCAGCACCAGUCUCAUGGCCCGUUUGAGCUGCAAGCCAACGACAAAGCAACUGACGAGCAGACGAAGCGUGUAUCUCCCACGGAGAGUGCGAUUCGAGUGGACAGCGCGCGUGCGUCAGCGACCCCCAGCGGAGAUUCAUCUGAGCCCUCCUCUGCACGCUCACAAGACCCGACAAAUGGGAGUGUCGUGUCUUUACCACCUCUUCCCGAUGGGUCGUCCCAGGCCUAUAGUGCCUAUUCUGCAUUACGAAAGACGCUAGAACCUGGGGCCAGCCCGAGGAUGAUGCAAGACAUCUUGAGCAGGGAGACAUUUCUGGAUGCAUUGGAUAACCCACCAGCAAAAUAUCGUUUGCGCGAGUUCACAAAAGUUCUGAUAGGUUCCAAGCACAUGUCAUUCCUGGACCAGGUUCAACAACAUCGCAAGAUCAUGGAGGAAUCAUACUCGGCCAUCGCCAGCAUUGAUGAACGAUAUCUCAACACCACGCCUCCCGCACGUGUCGUUCUCCCACCUCAGAUGAACAACGAAUUGCGUACCAACGUCGGGACCGUACUGCGAGAGACUCAGCCAGGUAUGAAGAAUAUGUUCAAUGAAGCGGAGAACACGGUGCAAGAAACCAUUUACACGCAAUCUUAUCCACACUUUGUCCGUUUGCAAAUGACGCUGGGAGCAUCGGAAGCAUUGAGCGGUGAUCGUCACAGGUUCCAGGGACUAGGUGACUGUUUCUGCCUAACAAAACCAAGUCAAGUCGAUAAUCCCAUUGUGUAUGCCUCGGAUGGAUUCGUUGCAGUGACCGGGUAUCAACGCAAAGACAUCAUUCCUCGAAAUUAUCGGAUCCGUCAUUGCAUCCGCACUCAAAAGGAAUCAGUCGAGUUCCUGCUCAACUAUCGGAAAAAUGGCGAGCCCUUCUGGAACCUACUCUACACAGCCCCUCUACUAGAUUCCCGUGGACAGGUGGCAUUCUACAUCGGCGGCCAAGUCAACUGCUCGAGCACGAUACAAGAUAAAGCGGGCAUCAUGAAAAUCCUAGCAAUCUCGCCGGAUCACCAGUCCGAGCAGGAACGAGAGCAAACGAGUGAACGUACCAAAAACGAGAGUCCGGCCUCAGAACUCGCACGAAGGGUCGAGCACCUCAAAUCGCUACGCUAUCGAGAGAAAGCUGAAGUUGCUCCCGAACCAGGACUUGAAAGGAGCUUGGUCGCGCGGAAUCAGGACAUAGCGUUGACAGAUCGAAUUGAGAACUUCUACAAUGCAUACUCGAAGUACCUCGUCAUCGGCUACCCAAGCAUGACGAUCCAAUUCUCUUCCGCAGGAAUCUCCUCCGUCCUCCUACCCUCCAACAGCAACGCCAUGACCGCCGAUCGAGCCCCACGACCAAACCAAUACACUUCACGACACGUCUUCAACUUCCUCAAAGACAAUAUGAAAAAGCGCGAGAAGACUGACUGGACGUCGAAAGUUCGGAGUUCGUUGAAGAAGGGGAAUCCUAUCUCGGUAGCGUUACACUUGCAGACGAAACGAUCAGUGGUAUAUCGAGGUGAUGAGAAAUUCAUGACGCAUUGGACGCCUUUAAAAGAUGUUCAAGGAAAGACAGAGUGGGUUGUGUUGUGUUUGGCGUUGGUUGGAGGCGGUCAAGCCUGA